AUGAAAGACUUAGUAAGCUUAGAUUUCAGCAAUAAAAUAACUUAACCUUAGAACCUAAAUUAGUUGGACAGUGAAAGUGACAAUUUGCCAGAUAAUUCUAAGAUCUAGAAAAAAAGUAAAUUAAUUUGUUUUUACAGUAUUAUAGCCAAGAGGUGCUCUAAAUACCUUAAGAUCGAUGACGAGAAAAGGAAAAUCAUUAUAUUCGAGGUAAUGGUAAUGAAUAAUCCGCUCAAAAACGUCUGCCAAAAAUAUGACAUAAACUUUUCUAGCGCAAAGAAUGUCAUAUAAAUCUUUAAGAAAGAGGGGAGACUUGAGAAGAAAGUUCAACGAGCUCGCAAGACUAAAAAAUAAAAUGGGUCAAAAAAUGACUCAAUUGGAACAGACGAUGAAAAUCUAGAAAUCCAGGAGGAUUAUAUUUAAGGGAGUAAGAACGAAACGAUACUGAUAAAUCAGAAUAAAAGCAACUGUGGAAUACUUUUGUAUCUUAACGAGGAGGAUGGAUUCAGUUUGCGUCGUAAAGUAGACUUCAAAGAUGAUGAAAAAAUUCUUAUAUAAUAGAUGCUAAGUCAAAAUUUGACCCAGUAAUCCUAGUUCGCAUGCCGAACUAUCAAUAAUAGGUGA